AUGGAUCACUUGGUUCUCUUCCGUAAGGGCGGUCUCGGCAUUACAGGAAAUGACGUAUCCACUUAUGAGGUAGUUGACUCGAAGAUCCAUACGAUCGAGUUCACCUCAGACGGCCUCGGCACCGAAGUCUUCUUUCCAAUCGAAGUCUGGAAAGUCAAGCCAUCAUCAGAUGACCGGCUCAGCAGAAAGUGUUCUGAUGGCCGCGGCAAUGUCAAAGAGGUCGAACUCCCCCCCUAUUGCCCUGUGAAACCAGAGAGCCUUCACAAGCAGUGGAUCGACUUCCUGGAGCAACAUGCGGAGAAUGUCCUGGGCCAGAAAGAUGAGUUCCGCAGCCUAGUUGAUGUGGGCAGAAAUAAUGUAGACGAGAGGUUUGCCUCCGUGAUUCAUCUCCUGUUCAUCUGCAUGUGGAAGACUGGCUCUGGAUACAUGAAGCCGAACAACUCACUCGAUGUCGAGCCACUACCGGAAGAGUGGAAGACAAUUCCCGGCCAAGAACCCAUCCCUCGGCUGAUCAUCCACUGCACCGACCAGGUGGCAGACGGCUUGGGCACAGGAUACCAGGACGACACCAUCAAACUUUACCGAGAAUUGACCUCCUGCCUCGAUGCGGAAAAGGCCCACAUGGCUUACCUUAUUCUCGCAGCUUUGGCCAGAGUCGGUAACAAGAUUUGUGCAGACUUCGUCAGACGCAAGAGUCAGGGAGCACCUGGCACAGAGACGGCGAAGCUCGAUGAAGAUGUCAAGAGAAGCCUGGGGGUCUUGCUCGAGUGGCUCAGGGAGGGCAUUCGAAGGAAUGGAAUCACCUACGAGGUAGUCAUAGGCAUUUCCGAAGAGACCAAAGCGUCUCGUAUGGACCACGCUCCUAUGCGUGGAAGCUUUGACUUGCCAGGGCUGGCGGAUAUUUGUGCUGGAAAUCUGGAAUGA